AUGGCCGACGUCUUUGCCAAGCUUCAGGACAAGUCCCUGCUCAUCUCUUCUGGACUGGUUGCCGGAAAUUGGAAGAGUGGUCAGGACGGAAAGGUCUUCCCAGUCUACGAGCCAUCCAGCGCAACAGUCCUUCAAGAAAUCGCCAACCUAGGCCGACAAGACUUCAUUGAUGCUAUUGAGAGUGCCAAGACUGGAACAGCAAAGUUUUACGAAUCAACAACAGCAAAGGAGCGUGGUGCGCUGCUGCGAAAGUGGUAUGACCUUGUCAUUGCCAACACCGAUGAUCUUGCCCUCAUUCUGUCAUUGGAAAACGGCAAGACUUUUACCGAGGCUAGAGGAGAGGUUGUCUAUGCUGCGUCCUUCAUCUCCUGGUUUGCCGAGGAGGCCACUCGCUCUUAUGGUGACACAAUUCCCUCAUCUUACGCCAACACCACAGUCUUGACAUUCAAGGAGCCGGUUGGCGUUUGUGGCAUCAUUACCCCAUGGAACUUCCCCGCGGCCAUGAUUACCCGAAAGAUCGCCCCAGCAUUCGCGGCAGGAUGCUCAGUCAUCAUUAAGCCCCCGAGUGAGACCCCUUUCAGCGCUCUUGCGUUGGCCAAGCUGGCCUUGGCUGCGGGUAUUCCGUCAGACUGCCUCCACGUCGUCCCGACCAAGGAUAGGGAGGCUUCGAUGGAAUUGGCCAACAACCCUAUCGUGAAGAAGCUCAGCUUUACCGGUUCAACAGGUGUGGGCAAGAUGCUUACCAAGGCUGCGGCGGGAACGAUGAAGCGCGUGAGCAUGGAGUUGGGAGGCAACGCUCCGUUCAUUGUGUUUGAUGACGCGGAUAUUGAUCAAACAGUCGAGGGCGCCUUGAUUUGCAAGUUCCGUUGCUCUGGACAAACCUGCGUGUGUGCCAACAGACUCUUGGUUCAUGAAAAGGUCCAGGAAGAGUUCAUCAACAAGCUCGUUGCCAGAGUUCAACAGUUCAAGCUUGGCCGUGGCAUCGAUGACGGAACCACUCAAGGCCCUCUUGUCAACGCGGCUGCGGUUCAAAAGGUUGAUGCUCACGUUCAAGACGCACUCAAGAAGGGCGCGAAGCUCCACACAGGUGGCAAGGCCCCUGAGGGCCUUAAGGGCUACUUCUAUGAGCCUACCGUCAUCAGCAAUGUCACGACCGAAAUGGAGGUUGCACAUGACGAGACGUUUGGUCCUUUGGCAGCCAUUUUCUCAUUCAAGACCGAGGCUGAGGCUGUGGAGCUUGCAAACGCAACGGAAUACGGUCUCGCUGGAUACUUCUUCAGCAAGGACAUUUCUCGCGUGAUGCGUGUGGCCAGGCGGCUUGAGUGUGGUAUGCUGGGCGUCAACACGGGUCUAAUCAGCGCAGCUGAGGCCCCCUUCGGCGGUGUGAAGGAGAGUGGUUUGGGCCGCGAAGGUAGCAAAUACGGUCUGGCGGAGUACCAAAACAUCAAGUCGGUUACCAUUGGCAACCUUGGCUUCAACUGA